GAAAACAGCAAGUUCCUAAAAGUCGACCAAAAACAGAAGCCCAAGGUUCAUAUUCCCCAGAAUACAAACUCUGAACCACUCAAAUAUUUUGGUCUCUCUCUCUCAUGGCUUCAUCCAUUGCAGUGGCAACCUCACCCUCAUGCUCCACAACCAUCUCGUCUUCCCAUAACUCCCUUUAUUCCAAGCAUGCUACGAGUCAAACAUGGAAGUUUGGAACAAUCAGAUUCUAUAAGCUGAUGAAGCAGCUCCCUUCUCCAUUGUUGAAUCAAAGGAGAAAUUUGGUCUGUGCAGUCAGUCAAGGGGGUGCUGAGGAGGCCUUCAAGAAGACUGUUGAAAUUGAUAGACUCAUCGAUAAAUUAAGAGAAGCCAAUCCGAAGGAAUUACCACAGCUCGUUGUUGAAAAUGUUCUUGCUUUCAAUGAGGGUUUCUGGAUUCGUCUUGCUGCCAGAACUGACACAUGCAAAUCAGAGGAUGAUAAAAAAGAUUACGAAGAAUUGGCAGCAACUCUAAUGAGCACAGUAGACCUUCUUGUUCACAAAACCAAUAAAAAAAUUGAGUCAGCUACCGAUGUUCUAAAAACAAUCCUCAAUCAUGUGGUGGAUGAAGAUCAAGAGAUUUCCUGGCCACCAAGAGACCCUAAAGCUCUCACUCUGAUGGAACAGGAGUUAAAUCAAAGAGAGAAAGAAGGCUCUUUAGAUGAAGGUUUCCUUUCAGAAGUCAAUGCACAACUACGGCAAGCGAAAGAAGACGGGGACAAGCCAGGACUUGUGGCUAUGCUACAAAAAGUUUUGCAACUCUAUGCCUGCAGAAUGCUUUCAAAACGUAGUUAUGCAAAGAAAGGUAAUGAAAUCUUGAAGGCAGAGCAAUUCCUUGAGAAUGUUAUCAAAGCUCCUGAAAGUGAAUGGAACAUGCUGCUGCUUAAUGGUUUAACCAUUGCUAAAGGAGAUAUUUCACCAGAGGAAUUUUAUGCUGUGAUUAAGAAACGAAGAGAACGAGUUUUGAUUCGAACAGAAGGAGGAUCAUAUCAGCAGCGUGUUCUUACUGAGUACCUUAAAGGCAUACAGUCAAGAUUCGAGGAAAUUGUUCAGGCCCUCCAAGGAAACCCAUAAUUGCAAUUUGCCAAAAGAAUGAAGAAUGAAGAAUGAAGAAUGAAGAAUGAAGAAUGGAAGAAUGAAGAAUGAAGAAUGAAGAAUGAAGAAUGAAGAAUGAAGAAUUACAGAAAGCUAAGCUUACAACCCUUCAAUUUAGUACGGAGCACUCUUUUCUUCAGAGGUCAUCUUUCUGCGAGGAGCAAUGCCCAUCUCGACUCUGUUGAGAAUUCAGGAACCAACUCCUCUCCUUGAAAUCUAAAGUUUCUUUUUCUAAUCAUAUACAUAUACAAGAAUUCCCAUUUUUUUGGUAAUUGUAUGCAACCAAAAUUUGUAAGCUUGAUUCUUCUACCAUGUUGGCCCUCUUGGUGAUCUUCUUUGAUUAAAAACUUUGGCUCUUCCACUUCUCCAAAAAUAAAAA